CACUUAUCCCACACAAAAGUAGAUAGGAAUUAGGAUAACGUAACAGGUGAUGUACAAAAUGCGUCUUCAUUUUAUUCAUAACAUUUAUACCAUCUGUCCCACCUUUCUCCAUGGCUUCUUUCCCUUCAUUUGCUAGCACCGGCACUCUCAAGCUCGAACCAGACUCCACAAAGCACUCCACCGUUUCUCUUUUAACACGUAAGAGUCCAAGUCUAUCUUAUCCCAAGAGUCAAACAUCUACCCCAUCAGAGUCUCUGAACUUCCAAGAAUCACUAUCAGUCAUAACAGAUGGUUCAAAGAUUGAAACAUCUUGUUAUGUCCCUCUUUUGCAAGAAUGCAUUGAGAGGACUUCGUUUUCGGGGGCUCAAAAAUUUCAUUCUCAUAUCAUCAAGACUGGAACUCAUCAAGAUGUGUUUGUAAUGACAUUCCUUGUCAAUGUUUAUGCCAAAUGUGGAUCCAUGGAAAAUGCUCAAAAAGUUUUUAACAAGUUACCUAGAAGAAAUGUUGUUGCUUGGACAACUUUGAUGACAGGCUAUGUUCAUAAUGAUCAAUCAGAUGUUGCCAUUUCUGUUUUCCAAGAGAUGCUCGAAUUCGGGUCUUUUCCGACGAAUUAUACUCUGGGAAUUGCUUUAAAUGCAUGUUCUGCAAUAAACUCUGUUGAAUUAGGGAAACAAAUCCAUGGAUACAGUAUUAAAUACCAUAUUGAUCACGACACAAGUGUUGGGAACUCACUUUGUAGCUUAUACUCCAAAUGUGCAAACUUGGAUUCUGCUAUUAAGGCUUUUCUAAAGAUUGGUGAAAAGAAUGUAGUUUCAUGGACUGCUGUUAUUUGUGCUUGUGGAGAUAAUAGUAAAGCUCUAAAGGGAUUGAGAUUCUUCACUGAGAUGCUUGCUGAUAAUGUUGAACCUAAUGAAUUCACUUUGACAAGUGUUUUGAGUAUGUGUUGUACAAUGCUAUCUUUGAGCUUUGGGGUACAAGUUCAUUGUUUAAGCAUUAAACUAGGAUAUGAACCAAACCUCAGAAUAAGGAACUCUAUCAUGUAUUUGUAUCUCAGAUGUGGGCGGUUCGGUGAAGCACUACGGCUGUUCAAUGGUAUGGAAGACAUGAGUUUGGUUACGAUGAAUUCGAUAAUUGCUGGCUAUGGUGAAAUGAUGGAACUAGCAAAGGAUGAUCUUUCAGCUUACUGUAAUGGAACUGAGGCUCUCAACGUUUUCUCGAAAUUGAAUAACUCCGGAUUCAAACCGGAUAUAUAUUCCUUCUCGAGUAUUUUAACUGUUUGUAGUAAGAUGUUCGCUUUAGAACAAGGGGAGCAGGUUCAUGCUCAGACACUUAAAACUGGGCAUCUGUCUGAUAUGAUAGUGGGAACUGCAUUGGUUAAUAUGUAUAACAAAUGUGGAAGCAUUGAGAGAGCAAGCAAAGCUUUUCGGGAGAUGUCUGCUAGAACAUUGAUAUCAUGGACUUCAAUGAUUGCUGCUUUUGCACAAAAUGGGCAAACUCAACAAGCACUGCAACUAUUUGAGGAUAUGAGACUGAUGGGAGUAAGACCGAACCAGGUAACCUUUGUCGGUGUUUUAUCGGCAUGUGCUCAUGCCGGUAUGGUAAAUGAAGCACUUGGGUAUUUCGAGACGAUGCAAAAGGAUUUUAAGAUCAAGCCUGUUAUGGACCAUUAUUCAUGCUUAAUUGACAUGUUUGUGAGGUUGGGAUUAUUAAACGAAGCUUUUGUUGUGAUCAAGAAGAUGGAUUUUCCUCCCAAUGAGUAUAUAUGGUCUCUAUUGCUUGCAGGAUGCAAAAGAGAUGGCAAUACUGAAUUGGGUUUUUAUGUUGCUGAAAAGUUACUCGAACUGAAGCCGAAAAAUACCGAGACUUGUCUCUUGCUGUUGAAUAUGUACAAAUCCGCAGACAGAUGGGAAGAUGUUUCGAAAGUACAGGAACUGAUGAAAGAGAAGAGACUUAAAAAGUUAAUGGAUUGGAGCUGGAUUAGUAUUCAUGACAGGGUCUAUUCGUUCAAACCCGACGAGAGGCAAGCGUACGGAGCUGAGAUGUAUGACUACUUGGAUCAAUUACUUGAUAAAGCAAAGAGUCUUGUUGGAUAUCAAUCACUUGAAAGUUUUGAGUUACUUGAAGUAGAAGAAGAAGAGGGGAAAACAUUACCUUCAAAUGUUCAACAUAGUGAGAAAUUGGCUGUAGCAUUUGGGUUAUUGAACAUGCCUAAUGCUGCACCAAUACGAAUCAUUAAGAAUAUAAGCAUGUGCAGGGGUUGCCAUAAUUUUAUGAAGGCUAUUUCUUCACUUAAUGCAAGGGAAAUCAUCAUUAGGGAUAGCAAACGGCUCCAUAAAUUUGUGAACGGGCAGUGUUCUUGUGGGGAUUAUGGGGGUUUACUUUGAUGAGUUAGGGCAGCUUUUCAUCAUUUCAUUUUUUCCCCCCAGUGUACGAAGGUUGAAUUAAUGACAUUUCAUGCAAAUUCUUUUGUC